GUAGUUUAGUCGAAUACUCGUUCGAAUUAGUCGAAUAGUAUUUACUUCACUAAUGUUAAUAAUCGAUGAAUAGCUGUAUUCGUGACUUGAUUGUGAUUGUAAUGGAAUUUUAUUAAACUGAAUAAAAUCCCUCCAAAUUGAAUUGGAUAAUCUAAAUUAGUGAUUAUUUAUACAAACUUUUAUAGCAUCGUGGCGUAGCUUGUUGGUGUUUAGUGUCUUUCACUAGUUGAGUGAGAGGUUAAGUGAUCACUGUUAAAGUUCAGGUGAAAAAAAGGCGGCUUUUCUGCUAAUAAUUAUGAAUAGUGAGAAGAGAAAUGCCCGGGGCAGGGGCCGUGGUCGGGGCCGCGGCCGCGGUCGUGGUCGGGGCAGAGGCCGAGGAAAGAAAGUUCCAAAAGUAAUGUCAAGUGAUGAGGAGGAAUGUUCCGUGGAAGAAACCUCUCAGGAACAGGAAGAAAUCGUUAACGAAGAUCCUAAAGAGGAACCAGAACCUACUGAACCAGCUAAAUUGGAAGUUCCCUCAGAUAUAUCUCAACUAGAAGCUCCAGUCUUCACCACACUUCAGCGUGGCCCUCCAGAGCCUAUGCUAAGGCUCGACUGGAGCCACCGAGCCACCCUCAUCGGGGAGAAAGUCCUCAAUCCUAUGAUUUAUUGCUGUGAUAUAUGCUCUAAACCUAUUCUCAUAUAUGGACGAAUGAUACCAUGCAAGCAUGUAUUUUGUUUGUCUUGUGCCAGAGCUGAACAUACACACUGCCCUAGAUGUAGAGAAAAGGUCUUGCGAGUAGAACAAACUGGAUUAGGCACAGUAUUCAUGUGUACACACUCUGGUACGCGUUAUGGUAACACAGGGUGUAGGAGAACUUAUUUAUCUCAGAGAGAUCUACAGGCUCAUAUCAACCAUAGACACGUGUCUUCGGGAGCCGUGGAGAGCAAACCUGAGCCUGAAGCCCCUUCGAAUACAGUAGCUAUUGUCAAACCAUUAACUUUGCCGCCGUCGGCCGGCGACCCGCGCGGGCACCCUCACGCGCACGCGGGCGGCGAGCGGCCCCGCGCGCGCAGCAACCUCAUCACGGUGCCCAUACAGGACCAGACUGACUCACACGCUUACUAUAAUUAUUAUCCGCCACCACAGCCAGUGCCGCCACCCUCGCUGCCGCCGGUAUCAUCAGUACCGGUACUAGCACACACGAUGAGCGUGCCGCCGCCGACGUACUACGCGACCGCACCGCCGUACUCCGCGCCGCCGGCUUAUGUGCAGCCCGGUGGCAGCAUGUCAACAAACGUAUCAGGCGUUUCACCCAUGUCAUCAACCGUUCCCAUGGGAUCCGUAAACGCCAUGGGCGAGGGUGCCCGCUGGGGCGAGGGUUACCAGCAACCCUCAGUACCAGUCCAACAGUGGCCGCCUCAAGGUCAACACCACUACUAUAGGUAGCCUUUGUAUAAACGCCGCUUUUCGUGGCGAGAUCGAGAGUGACAAUUGUGUGACUCGAGGACUUGAAGUAAUGGAUAUUGGAGAUUAUAAAUAUAUGAUGGUUUGAACUUGUUACUUGGGGCGUUUCUGUGACAGUGAGUAUGUAUUGUGAGAAUAAGUAUGUUUUGAUGGCUGGCAUUGUCUUUGCCAAACUUAAUGACGAAUUGGAAUAUCAAGCGGGUAGCGUACCAGUAACCAUUUUAGGUAUCAGCGAGCGGUAGAGGUGCAGGUAUGAGCUACACGCAAUCGGAAGUUAGUUGCGAGCCGUCAUCAAGUUUGGCGUGAAUUGAAGAAUGUAAAAAAUCUGAAUAAAUUGUUAUUAUAAUUCAAUAAGCAUAUUGCUUGGUUAAUCAAUUUGAAACUGCCACAAAUGAUGAAAUUGAAACUAGAACCCAGCUUUAUUACGUAUUUGUCAUACAGUCUGAUAAGUGUUAUCUAGUAUGUUAGAUAUUAUGCCUGUCUGGUAUCAUUGACCGCGCCCCGAUAGUAUCGCCUAGACAACUCACUCAAACAAUAAAUUGGCGUUAUGAAGUACCGUAAAAUACGUUUAUAUAUUUCCACAUUAUGUGGUAUAGGAUAAUCUCAUAGUGUACAGGUCACAAGAAAGUCUAUUUUAUACUAGAAUUCAUUUAUUUUGUAUUGAAUUGAAUAUCUGUAGUUUAUUUUUUCUUCAGCUAAUAGAUUUAUGUUCCAUUUUCUGUACAUUAGUAUAAACAUGUAAUGAUAAUUAUAUUUACUCAUAAUAAGGGGUUAUUGUUGUGCUAAGAGAUAUAUCCUGUUUGUAAUGUGCAAUUUUCUAACUUUAACCCCUAUAUUUAUUUGUCUUUGCAGUGCCUUACUUGAUAUAGGCAUCACAACGAAUGUUUCUAUGUAUGCUAUAGUGUAAAUCAUUUAUUAUUUUAUUUACUUUCUCCACCUGUGCCCAUUAGAACUACUAUAACUUUUAAUUAAUUCCUUAUUCUGUUGAUCUGACAUGGAAAAUAAGACAAUUUUGUAAAAAAGAAAUGAAGAGAAAAGCAAUAAAAAUCUUAA